CCCUGCCAUGUUCAACGUGGAGAGCUUGGAGCGGGCCGAGCUCGGGGAGAGCCUCCUCACUUGGAUCCAGACGUUUAAUGUUGAGGCACCAUGCCAGACCGUGGAAGACUUAACGAAUGGGGUUGUGAUGGCCCAGGUUCUUCAAAAAAUAGAUCCAGCUUACUUUGAUGAAAAUUGGUUGAACAGGAUCAAAACGGAAGUAGGAGAUAAUUGGAGGCUGAAGGUAAGCAACCUGAAGAAAAUUUUAAAAGGAAUAUUGGAUUACAACCAUGAGAUUCUAGGGCAACAGAUUAAUGACUUCACCCUUCCUGAUGUUAACCUGAUCGGAGAGCAUGCUGAUGCUGCAGAGCUCGGAAGAAUGCUUCAGCUUAUUUUGGGAUGCGCUGUGAAUUGUGAACAGAAGCAAGAAUACAUCCAGACCAUAAUGAUGAUGGAAGAAUCAGUUCAACAUGUUGUCAUGACAGCCAUUCAGGAGUUGAUGAGUAAAGAGUCUCCAGUCUCUGUUGGAAAUGAUGCUUACGUUGACCUUGAUCGGCAGCUGAAGAAAACUACAGAAGAAUUAAAUGAAGCACUAGCAACAAAAGAAGAAAUUGCCCAGAGAUGUCAUGAGCUAGAUAUGCAGGUUGCAGCCCUCCAGGAGGAGAAGAGCAGCUUGCUCGCUGAGAACCAGAUUUUGAUGGAACGUUUAAAUCAAUCUGAUUCUAUUGAAGAUCCCAACAGCCCUGCAGGUCGUAGACACUUGCAGCUGCAGACACAACUAGAACAACUCCAAGAGGAAACAUUCAGAUUAGAAGCUGCCAAAGAUGACUAUCGAAUACGCUGUGAAGAACUAGAAAAGGAAAUUGCUGAAUUGAGACAACAAACAGAAGAGCUGACUACACUGGCAGAGGAGGCUCAGUCUUUGAAGGAUGAGAUAGAUGUUCUCAGGCAUUCUUCAGAUAAAGUAGCCAAGUUAGAAAGUCAGGUAGAGUCAUACAAAAAGAAAUUGGAAGACCUGGGUGAUUUGCGACGGCAAGUGAAACUCUUAGAAGAGAAGAAUACAAUGUACAUGCAAAAUACUGUGAGUCUGGAAGAAGAACUAAGGAAGGCCAAUGCAGCACGCAGUCAGCUGGAGACAUACAAGAGACAGGCAGUUGAACUACAAAACAGGUUAUCUGAAGAAUCCAAGAAAGCUGAUAAAUUAGAUUAUGAAUGCAAACGACUGAAAGAAAAAGUAGACAGCCUCCAAAAAGAAAAAGAUAGAUUAAGAACAGAAAGGGAUUCUUUGAAAGAAACUAUUGAAGAGCUUAGAUGUGUACAAGCUCAGGAGGGUCAACUCACUACUACAGGAUUGAUGCCUCUGGGAAGACAAGAGACUUCAGACAGUUUAGCAGCAGAAAUCGUUACUCCUGAAAUAAAGGAGAAACUCAUUCGCCUUCAGCAUGAGAAUAAGAUGUUAAAGUUGAACCAAGAAGGUUCUGACAAUGAAAAGAUUGCCUUGUUGCAGAGUCUUCUUGAUGAUGCAAACUUGCGGAAGAAUGAAUUAGAGACAGAAAACAGAUUGGUAAAUCAGAGACUUCUAGAAGUGCAGUCCCAGGUUGAAGAACUACAAAAAUCUUUGCAGGAUCAAGGUUCAAAAGCUGAAGAUUCAAUUCUUCUGAAAAAGAAACUUGAAGAACAUCUUGAGAAGCUCCAUGAAGCUAACAAUGAGCUACAGAAGAAACGAGCUAUUAUAGAGGAUUUGGAACCAAGAUGCAAUAACAGUUCACUCAAAAUUGAAGAAUUACAAGAAGCUUUACGGAAAAAGGAGGAGGAAAUGAAGCAGAUGGAAGAGCGAUACAAAAAGUAUUUGGAAAAGGCCAAAAGUGUCAUCCGCACCUUGGAUCCUAAGCAGAACCAGGGCGCAGCUCCUGAGAUUCAGGCUUUGAAAAAUCAGUUGCAGGAGCGGGACAGAAUGUUUCAUUCAUUGGAGAAAGAAUAUGAAAAAACAAAAAGUCAAAGAGAAAUGGAGGAGAAAUUUAUUGUUAGUGCCUGGUACAAUAUGGGAAUGACUCUGCAUAAAAAAGCAGCAGAAGACAGACUGGCUAGUACAGGCUCAGGACAGUCCUUCCUGGCUAGACAAAGGCAAGCCACGAGCACAAGGAGAUCUUACCCUGGUCAUGUCCAGCCAGCAACAGCAAGGUAGAGAAGCCUUGCCCUUAGAAAGAAAACUGCCCUGUGAUCCAGGCCACUUCUGUUGCAAGUGACAACAUUCAAGGAAAAUCAACCAGCAUCUUUUCUCUUUCUCCCUUGUUACUGCUAUUAUUUUACAGUUCAGGAAAGGGUCUUACUAUGGUUUCUCAUUGUUCUGUAACACCCUUUGCAUAUAUUUUUUGGAGUCCAUCUCUUUCUCUCUCUGCAUUUUUGGAAUGUGCCAAAGUUUUGAAAACAUCUAGAGGAGUACUAUAUAAUGAUGGUCUUGUAUGAAGCCUGGUCUUUCAUGAAAAGCCUCACAUUGGCUGUGUAACAAUGUAAAUUUCCUGUCACAGUUGAUACAUUUGUGCCUAGAAGGGUUGUUACGCUUUAUAAGACUGUCUUUGGUCAAAGGGAAUUAGGCUUUUUAUUUAAUGUGCUAACCUGUUGCUUCAAAAAAAUGCUGAAAACUCAUUGCAGAAGUGCAAAGUUAGUAUAUAGCAUAUUGUGGAAUAUAUUUGCUACUAAAAAACUUACCAGUGGCAAAAAGAAUGAUUUUUUGGGAAAAAAAAUCUCCUACGUGCAAAGUUUGCUCUUAUUCUUGGCUUUUAAUAGGGAAGCAGGAUGAUUUUUUCAGGUUUUUCUUUAUCUACUGGUGUUACCUCUUUUGCCGGCAGAGCUGAAUAUUUUCAAAUGGUUUGUUCCACUCUUCUUGGUCAAGGAUAUGCUUAAUAUAUAUUAUAAAAAGAUUGGGAAGUAUUUAGAAUCCUCUAAUAUGCUACUGCAUCAUCCAAUUAAAAAGGACAUUUGCUUUAAAAUUUUAUAUUUAUGGAUGAACAGUACAUAAUGGGUUAAGGCCCCAGUUAAUAUUGUUGAUGUUAAUGUAUUCCAGUUGUCAUCACCUACUAAAAGAUUUGCUUUUAAUAUAUUGAUUCAGGGUAUAAUUGUAUCAGUUGCCUUACUAAUGGUACCAGUGCCUUCAGGUGAGUUUGUUGCUGACUUUGUUGGAAACUGGCUGUGAUGUGUUGUACUGCCUUUUUAGUGUGUAACUGGUUAAUUGUACGUCACUUAUUAUAGUACCUUCAUGUUGAUCAAUGGGGUGGACGCUGUCCCCGACUAUGAAUUUAGGUUCUGUUCUUACAAAAUUCUGCUUUUUCCCUCACUAAUUCUAUGCUCUCCCUAUCAUUUUUUGUCAAAGAAUUGAUGGACACAGAGGACCUGAGUAUUGGUUGAAAGUUUCAUAUACUUACAUCUUGUGAUGAUUCAGUUUUAAACAUUUUUCAUUUAGAGACUGUUUUGGACCCUAACACACAUGCAGUCAGGUUUAUAAAUUUAUUCUUUUGCCUUAUUUUAAUGCCCUCCCAAGUGAAGACAUUUUUCCAUAAAUCCCUUUAGAGAAAAGACAUGCUAGCAUUUAUUAAUCAUCCGAAGGUCUACGUUAAUUUACAACUUAGAUGGAAUGAGCAAAGGAUAAUUAAAACAAGCACACCUAAAAUAAAGGGUAAGGAACAGGUGAAUGACACUUCUAGGUACUGUUUUAUCCUCACAUACAUCAUCUGUUUUAAUCUAUGCUAAGAAAUGCAUUCAAUAUGCAUUUGAAAAAAAUUACCAGUUCUGAUUUCCCUCCCGCACCCCAGUAACAUGAAAACAGAUGCUGAAGUCUAUUAACUGCAUAUAGGUUUGUCUUUUAUUCCUUCUUUGUAAGAAACUGAUUCUCUAAAAAUUUUCUUGUUCAAGAUAUGACAUGUCUGGGCUUGCAAGAUUAGGUAAGAUAGUGAAGGUAUCUUCUUGUGUGCAGAAAGGUAACAAUGUAGAGGAAGUUUAGGACAACUUCUGUAGCUCAGUGAGGUGAUACUCAUUUUGCUGUCUCUUACCAAGAUACAGAAUACUAAAAGGACAAGAAGUCAUAUGUGUUAUCUAGCAAGAUGACCACGAUUUGUGUGGAACUUUUUUCUUGAUCUUAUUGUGCAAUCCAUUCUAGUAAUUUGAAGAACUCUUUACCGCAUGCCAUGUAUGAAUAGGAGCAAAUAAGAUCACUUCUCUGAAUAAAUUUGAUGUCUUGUUUGAGAUUACAGCAUUUUAUAUCACCCAGAGAAAGAACCUAAGAAUACCUAAAGCUCCAUUUUUAUUUUAAUGUGGCUGGCUCUGUCUGUUACCAAACUACCAUUUGUGAAACUACCAAACUACCAUUUGUGAAAGCAAGGAAUACCAAGACCUUAAUGGGAAGUUUUAUCUCUUAAUUCUGUCUAAUAAUUUAAUUUUCUGUUGCUAUUAAUUAGGCGCAGGUUGAAAAUAACUUGAAUGCAACCUGCACACUAGAAUAAAACUACUUGUUUUUGUUAUUUUAACAUGUGUUUUACCAUUUUGGCUCCAAAGUUUUGAUGACAGGCAAAUGCCCCUGAUGGUUAGGAGAUGAACAAAUGCUGAUUAGAAGCCUCAUUUUUAGCUUUUACUUUCCUGUGUCAUAUGGCUUCUUUCACUUCUUGGUGGUUGUUGGCUUUUAUCUUCUGCUUUGUGGUUCUGGUUGGUCUUUCCUUUUCCCUUAAGAUAAGACACUGAAGUGUUUUCUGUAGUUCCCUUCAAGAAUAUAUAGCAUCAAAGAGCAAAACAAGACUAAUAUUGAUUCUGCGCUUUACUGUUGCUCAUAGUAAUUGUUAGGCAAGAUUGAACAAACAUUUUGAGAAUUCACAAACCUGUAGAAAUUCUGAUGUUUCCUAGAAUUUGUGUUGAAUAUAAAAAUCUAAAAAUAUACUGCAAUCUUACAGAAAUAUAUUCUGUUCCUAUCCAGUUCCAGUAAUUCUUUUGUUCUGUCUUCUAAUGGUAAUCAUCAGGAAUUUAGUUCCUUGUUCUUCAGGGUUUUACUUCUAUUAUUUGCUGCAUACAUCAAUUCUUAAUCUUUAGGUGUGGACAAAUGCAGGUAUUGAACCAUCAUUAAACUUUCUCUCUCAAAAGAACAACUUUUUUAUUGAAAGGGUUCAGCUUCAUUAUUUUCCUUGCUUGUUAUGUAGCUUUGGCAGUAGUGUGGAAGAAAAAGAUGGGGAUCAGAGUGUGAAUUCAGGGAAUAAGCACAUGUAUAGAUGAGCUACCAAUGAAUGCUGACUAUUUGUCUUAUUUUCAGUAAUAAAAGAGUAUAAGCAAAAAAAACCCCUGUAAAACAGAAUUCUCACAGUAUAUUACAUAGUUCUAAGAAGCUUUUAGGAGUGCUUUUUCUGGGGCAACAAAGACUAUUUACAUCAAAAUUGUAGUGGUAAUUGUAAACCCAAUGCUAUAUUGUGUCCUGAUACACUACAAAAAAACCCUACAGACUGAGGUUAAAGAGAAAAGGUUCUCCACGGCAGUGAUAAAACAGCUGAAGAGUUCAUGAGAGUACAUUCCUGAGCACUGUGCUGAGGAUUUGCCCAGAAUAAUCUUUCUGAGAGAUUUUAAUUAAUGCCAAUAGAAGGUAACCCUGAAAUGGAUGAAUAUUUCUAUUGUUCAGAGCUGAAGCUUAGUUUCUGUUCUUAAAGAAUGUGUGUGCAGUCUAGUUCAUAUACUUCCGUGGAGAGUUAAGAUGUCAGCAUAUCUGAUCAGACAUUACAGAAGAGAAUAUUCAAGUUCCCCAUUUUCUUGAUAGCAACACGUAACCACUUGGAUCUUAACAUGUUUGCACCCACAGUGCAAGGGAAAACAAAUGACUAGAGCACACAGCUUUAUAUAUUGUAAAAGGAAGUAAAUAUAUAAUGACUACAAGAUGCUUUUCAUUAUCUCUUUGGAAAUAAGCAAAUGGUAAUCUUGUCCUGUUCUGAUGUCACUUUGAGAUAGUGGUAAUGCUUCUGCAAGUCUUCUGUGGCUAUUCAUGUGAGGAGCACUGGCAAUUUUAUAUUCAUUGUGUAUGAAAGAAUUAACAAUGAAUAUUCCUAUUACUGCUUUAUGGUGAUCUUAAAUAGUAAGUGGUAUGUGCAAGCUGUUAAGAAAAUGUAAGAGGAUUUGGCAAUUUUAAAGUCCUUGGUAUUUUGACAAGUGCAACUAGCUUUUGCUUUUCCUCAGUUAUCUAGUAUAUGAGACUAUCCACUUAGCAGCCUCCUGGAUGAUUUUUAGUAGGUUUAAUUGUCUUGAUGUGUUGACGUUUUCUGUAGAUUUGGUAACUUUCAUUUCAGCACUUGAUUUUCUUCUAGUUAGUGAUUUGGAGAAAGACUGUCCUGAAUGUGGCUAAUUUUUCUUUUUCUUAUGAAGCAAAACAGUACCUGAAUUUUACUCAUUUUAUAGAGAUUUUUAUUCUUGCCUACAUACUGACUUUUCGCAAGGAUUGAUGAGGGAGGUAUUUUUGCACUCGAAGUCAGCUAUGUAAUACUGACUUCUUAGGGGUUUUGCACAUGUAUUCUAGGUAGAUUGUGGACUCGGUGUUUUGCAGUAAUAUUGUACUGAUAAGCUUCGGUAUCUCCAAACCAAAUUUAGCAAAUUUUGCAGGCAUUUUCCUCACUGGUAUUGUGCAAAUAAAUAGCUAAAAAAGGUUACUCUGUCAGGAAAUACUGUCAAAUGGUGUUUUUUCCUCUAAGCCAAGUCAUACUUCAGGGAUGUCACCUGCAGAGUAGUUCGGUAGCUGGAUUAUGACUGAAAUGUGAUCUCAGGAAGUCAAGCACUUGCAAAGAAACCUUUUCAGAAGCCUUCCCUUGGAACAAGUGUAUUGGCUGACACUGGCAGUAUGAUAUAUUUAGCAUUCUGUUAAAAAGAAGAGGCAAAUCAUUAUAACAAUUUAAAUUUAAAGAUCAGGUAAGCAAGAAAUUCAGUGGAGUUUUGAACCUUACAAACUGCACACAGCCCGGACACAUGUCCUCUCCCAAAUGUGAGCAGUCCAGCUCCCACCUCCGGUGGCAAGAGCAGUGCGUUUCGACUUUGUGCCAUGCAUCAGGAGAAAGAAGUCAAAUACUGCAUUAUCUCAUAGGUUGGUGUAGGAGCAAGUAAAGAAUCUCACUUGCGCUCAGAACAUCUCCACAAGCCAAAUUAUAUUAUUGACUUGUGGCAGAUGUCAGAUUCUAGGUAGGAUCAUAGCUGUACCUCUGAUUUGUCACUUUCAAGGAAUCAGGAAAAUGUCCUGUCAUGACUGAUUGCAUUGCCUUGCUCCUUUCUUCCCUCUGGAAGUCCAGAAAAGGAGCAGAAGGUUGUCAGUGACUCUGCAGGCUAUAAGUAAAAAUAAUGAGUGAUUUCUUCAGUUUGAAGGUGGAAGAGACAGAUGCAAGCAACUAUUUAAAUAUAAAAAUCUGAAGAGCAGUACACCUUUCACCAUUUUUCUUUUUGGUGUUCAUUUAAAAAUAAUGAAACAGCCUGAGUUUUUGUAGCUGGGUUGGUUUUUUUAAUUAAUUUUGGAUUGCAGUUGCUUAAGUAUUAGAGGCUUUACCUGUGUGAAUAAGGCAGAAGCUGUCAUUAUCAGCCAGAGCAACCUCAGACAUCUUGCAUCUGGUACAGCGACACCCUAGAGAUUUUGACUCUGCUGCCAGCUUCAUUGCACCAUGUGGGGAUGUUGAGGACUUAGCUACUUUGUCCUCUGUUUUAACUUGACUUUACUUUUGUGGAUUCAUUGAAAUAUUGGGACACAAAGUUGUUUUUUGUAUGUAUCAGCUCAUUGAAUUAGGCAAUGAAUGAAUGCCAGUUGAGGAGCUCUAGAAAACUUGACAUACCAUACAGUCCCAUGGGGCAUUGAAGCAACACCUGGCAGUAUAGCCAUGGCAGCUUCCCAGGCAGAUUGAUCUGGUGGAUCAUAGGAGCUCAUGGUAACUGCUGUAAUUGAAGUCCUCAUCUAUCACUUGCUAGGGAAUGGUUUUGUUGUCAGCUUUACUAUGGGCCAGAUCCUAACCUUCACUUUUAGGCCUUGCCAAGGUAGUGCAGGACUGUCUUGAAGUAGAUCUCUGUUGGCUCUCGUGCCAAAUCAGGAAUUUCGUCUGCUGCUGUUUGCUAUGCGUAUAAAGCAAUUUUGAAAACUGCGUAUGCUUCAGUCUCCUUUGCACUGCGUGUCGGCUCCAGACUGAAAGCAGGUUCCAUUUGUCAGAUAAAAAUUUCUUGCUGCUGUCUUGUUGCUUUGGAUCUCAGAGAUUCAUCCAUGCAACAUCAAAAGCAUUAGUAAUAGAAAUCCAGGACAAUUGGGAAGGCUUUCCUGUCUGGAGGCAACUUUAUUCAUUGCCUCUCAUUAGAGGAGUCCUUUACUAUCAGAUGAAGUUAGAAUAUCACAUUUCAGAAAGAGCAGCAUGAUUAUUUUAAUUGUUACAAAAGUGAUCAUUUGACAGCACUUUGAAGAGCUGUUAACUACUGUAGCAUGGCACAAAUCUGAAACUGCAAAAGCAAGUUCCAUUAUUCUGCAAAUGGAACUUGAAUCCUUAAUGAUUAUCCCUAACUUUAAGAGAAGAGAAAAUCAACAUAAAGGCCAAUUGUUAGCUUGCUAGCAGGCUCGUGUUGUUAGCAUGAUCAUGAAAAUGAGCAGAAUUUUAAGAGAAAAUCCCAAAUGGUGUAAUAUUUAUGGAGGUAUAAAAUAGUAGUAGUGAAACCAUCAGACUUUUGGUUUAGAUUUGAAUAUGACAUUCAUUAUGUAAUUUAAAAUUUUGUAAAGUAGAGAUUAUAGUUCUCAGUCACCAAAGAUUAGUAAGCAGGAGAGUAAUCCUGUUUCCUGCAGGUAUCAGUGGUUUUACAAGAUUUUAAAGCUUUUAUUUAGCAGUAUCAGUAAAAUCUUGGAAUAGUUAUAAGCAUGACAUUAUGUGGCCAUGAUUCUUAGAAUUUAUAGUCCACUUUAUAUUCUCUGGUUGUAAGCGCUAUAAAAAUGCAAAGUGAUGUUAAUACAGCUCUGGAAGUUGCUAUGUUGAAAGGGUCCUUUAAAAAAUCUAAAGGAAAUACCAUGGAGAAAGACAUAGAAAGAAUAGAUGUAGAAAGAAAACCAAACUUCAACAGUAGAAGCCAGUAAAUAAUGAAGUUAGGAAACCUGCAGGAAGAGGAAUCUGGAGGCAGUUACUUCAAAGUAGGAGCUUGGCAGAAAUAUUUGUGACAAGUGUCUAGUGUUAGACUUGAAAGUGUGUAGGUCUCGUUGCUCUGAUAGCUUUGGUGAUUGCGUUAUGAAGUACUGCUUACAGACAGCAGAUUGCUGGCAACAGGAAAAAACCUGGUCCAUCUUAGGACCAAGCAUAGACUGAACAGGAAAAUAGUAGUUGCUCAGAGGGGACAUGUGGCUGGGUUUUAGUUUUUUGCUUGUGGUUUGUUUGGUUUUUUUUUUUUUUCAUCAGAUAUGACUUGUGUGAGUAGCGCUCUGAAUUAAAAGUUCUUGUGUUGGUAGGUGCAUCCAGAGCUGUCUAGGUUAGUAGAAAAGACUGACAUCCUAUCUGUGGCUUCGAUGUGUACGGAGUUGCCCCAGUCACUUCUGUGUGUUGAAAAAACAGAAGAGGACAGCUAUAAGUUAAGGAAGAUUUUAAGGGAUGGGUAACCAAUGUUAGCUUGUAAUGAAGCAGAGCUAAUGAGAUUAGGCACUGAAUACUGAAGGGAAGUGCCUCACUAAGAAAUACUCCCCCAGGCUGGAAACAAGCUUUCACUUCUAGCUGGAAUAUUUUGGACUGGCAAGGGAAGGAAGAAGGAGAAAGUCUCUCAUCUAUAGACACAUCAUCUGCUGCAUAAACUUUUUCUGAAGAUGCUGCAGAAGCAAUGACAGGUUAUGCUGAGUGAGUUUACCCUCACCUCUCUGUUGUCUUUUGAAGUGUUGCUGCCUCAACAGGGAGCUUUAAAAUAUAAUAAAUAAUUUUGAGGAGUUCUCCAAGAGAAAGAACUUGACAAUUUUUUUAGAACAAUAUUAGAAUUUCUUGUCAGGCAAGGGCACUGUCAGAUGAACGUUAUAUCCUUGAAAGAGAAUAUGGUGUCCUGAGUUUACAAGACCUCUCAAAAGUACUGUUGACUCAAAGGAAAACCUAUAAUGUGAUUUCUGUUUAUGUGCAACAGGACACUUGAAGUGCUACUAAAUAAUAAGUAAUAACUAAGUAAUAGCCAGGUGAGACUAAAGGAGUAGGCUAUAUUCAUUUAUGCACAAUAGAAUAGAUAGAUGCUUAUGUAGCUUGAACUUUUAAUUUUUUUAUAGACUACAGUAAUCUUCAUAUUAGUAAUCCUGAACUCUGUAACUUUAUGCACCCCAGCAGUGCCAAGCAAGCUUAACAGACAGUACUCAAAAUAUACUCUUGAGGUCUGCUUUGAAUGUGUUAAAUUUUUUUUUAAUUUUCAUUCCAUUUGAUUUAUGUCUCUAUGUUUCUGUUUGUUUUUGAACUAUGGUUAGUAUUCUGGGUUGGUGAAUGAGAAGGAAAAGAAGAGGGAUACGCAAGCUGCAGGACUUGUAGCAGAAAGAAUUUUUUGCAAUAAGUCCUUGGGCUUAGUUAUAAAUAUUCUUCCUUAUCUAUUUAACCUGGAUUUUCCUGUCACAGGAACUGUUCUUAGAAUCGGUUUUGGCCAGUGCAAUACUAGGGAGAAGAAGUGGGGACAUAAACAGAUUGCAUGCUUUGAUUUCAGUCUGGUGAAGCUAUUUUGCUCUUUGUAACGUCAGAGUGAGUGCAAUGCAAACCGAUAAUGAUCAGUUAGUGCUGUGCCUUGCUGUGUGGGGAUAUUUGCAUUACUUGGGGAAGCUGAAAGCACUGUGGCUGUGUUAGUAAAGCAUUCCACCUAUUCAGUUACACUGGCCGAGAAAGAGAGAAAUAUGCCAACCUCUGCAAUUCUCUUCCAAACUUAGGUUCACUUCCACAGCGUUGUGAUGUGCUCUUUGGGCUGCUCAGUGGCUCCUACUCAGCUUAUUUUAAGAUAUAUAAGAAUAUAUACAAUUUUUUGUGAUUCAAACCUGUAUUUGCAUGCAGUGAGUAGUGUGACUGUGAUGCUGUUGUAGCCUCAAGCACAGGAUGAGCUUUGAUGAAACAUAAAUGCUUUAAGUCUGUGGUGGUGCUCAGAGCUCGAAGGCGCAGAUGGAAUCAUUAUGACCUCGAUUGUCUUUUAGAAUGUAGCUGCAUGCAGUGUUGGACAGGCAGCUUUCACUUGACAUUGCUUUGGUUUUCUAACUGUUGUACUCACAAACAGCAGGAAUGCCUGACACUUUUUCAUCGCUGUGUAAACUUAGUUUCCAUAGCCAUGUUAUUUGAGAAUCGGUGCCCUGUAUGACUUUACUCGGAAAUGAUCAAAUUUGUCUGAAUUACGUCUAAGUUUAGAUAUUGUUCAAGGCUGGUUUGUUGCUCUUUCCAGUUAUUGGUGUGUAACCUUCCUGUGUAUUUGAAGAGUUGCUCUGGCAAAGAUAUUUUCCCCAUGAAUUUGCACAACUUUAAGUAGAGAUGGCCUUACUAAAAUGCUCUGAAAAAUACAUGCUGUCUUCUGUGUGUUUUGGGUUUUUUUAAGAGUAAUAUGUUAUCUGCUUUUUAACUUUCUUCUUUAUUCUUUUAUUUGCAGUGAUGUGGUUGCAUGACCUGCAGCAUUAUUAUAACAGGGACUGUUCAGUGCAUGACUUGCUUUUCUGUCCAGACUGCAUAACCAAAACUUAACCAGUUCUACACUUAAGACUCAUGGCCAUCUGGUUUCAAAGGGAGAUCUACUUGCAGAGAAGCUUACCAUCCUGGGGAGUGGCUUUCCCAUUUCCCGCUUCCAUUUACUCUUUCUCUUCACAAAAAGUCUCCUAUGAGGCUAGAAGAGAGGAAAUCCAGUAUUCAGAAUUCGACAGGAGGCGUUCUGCAAACUGACAGAGCACUGUCAGCUCUCCAUUUUACUUCCGCCUGCCCACUUUAUUUAAUUCUGAUUAACAGUAUUAACACACAGACUUCCUGCAACAUUUUCAUAUACUGAACUAUAAAAGUCUAGUCUUAAUGAGUUCCUAAAAACGCCUUUUGGUUGCUGUUAAAAUUUCAAAGCACCCGCACCCUUAAAGGAUCCACUUUGAAUCUUUAAAUAAUUAAAGUAAAGUGAAGGAGGUGUUUUACCAGGAGAAAUGACUAAUGAAUUGCUGCUUGGCCAUCCCAUCUAACUUAGAAAACCAGGCAAGGCUCAUCUUAUAAUCUCCGAGCCAGGCAAACUACCGAGUGGUAUUUUGUUCGCAGACACUGCCUGCUUCCUUACUAUGUAUAUACACAGUAGUUUGUGGCUGUUGUAAUGUUCUUUCUACAUUUUAGCUGUGUUGUCAGUUUCUUUCAGAAACUUUUUUUCAAUCUGUGUACAAUUGUUAAAACAAUCUGAGGAAAGAACGUGAAUGGAGAUAAGUAUGAAAGCCGUCUAUACUUUCAGUAUUAUGCAGACUGUCCUUGCCAGUUUAUAAUUUGGGUCGUUUAUCUUUUACCUGUACUAUUUUUUUCCUUUUUCCUCCUUAUUGCAAUCCUUAUCCAAUUGCACUAGCUUGGCUGUUUCUUUGUAUUAUGAAGUUUAGCUAUAAGAUUUGCCAUAUGUAGACAGUGUUACUCAAAAUGCUUUGUACUGCCUAUAUUAAUUUAAUUAAUAUUCUUAAAUAUCUGCACAUUUGUACUACUGUAUCUUUGUUGUAUUGGGCAUCCAGUACUGGCAAGAUUCAGAAGAUGAGGGAGUGCUGUAGUGUUGUAAGUUAAGAGGUUUACUGUAUAGGAGCUAGUUGUAACAAAUGGGGAAGGGGGCUUUUAAGCUAUAGGACUUGCCAGAAAAUCUGAAGAGAGUCUGAGUGAUAAGUACCGUAACUGGUUUGGUGUAAGUCCAGUUCUAGAGGAACCUGAUUCUUGCUCACUUGGAUCUUAAUCCUGCAAAAGCACACACACGUAUGCACUCUGCUUACUCGAAGAAUGGUUUUGCUUAUUCAGGCAGUAGCGUAACCACCAGCCCCAUGCUGGAGAAAUGUUGUGCCCGCUAUUCUCUGCAGUCACUGCAGGUCACAAAACGCAGUGCGUGCCUUGUCCCUGCCCCAUCAAGGGAGAGAUCUGGCAGAGCUGCACCUUGUGUGCCAGACACCCACAUGUGUUCAGUGCUCGGGGAUCUGAUACCCGCUGUGUCCGUGGCAUUGUGCGGAAUGGCUUGGAGAAAAGACGGGCACCGUUCCUCAGGGGGUCUGUGACACCCGGCAAAGGGAAGGGCUCCAAACAGACCAUGUGGGAGAGGGAAGGAGAAGCAUUAAGAUCCUGGUGAGAAAGAAGCAUGCUUCCCUUCUGGAUGCUAUACCAGAUGAGGAGCCUGUGGCUGCCAGGUGCUCUGAUUGGGAGCGACCUGGAAAGAUGCUCGGGAGGGAAUGUGUCUGUCCUGGUCCACCGGACCUGGGACAGUGAAGUCUGAUGUCACCUGCAGGCAGAAUCUGGAGUUUGGUGGUGACAAGUCAGGCACUUGCAGUCCAGCAGAGAGCUAAAGGAUUUGCGUCUUUCCAGGUCCUAGCCAUCGAUCCCUUGUUACAUGUUCAGGGCAGGCAUUAUUAGAAAAACUUAUUUUUGUUAAAGGCAUGAUUCAUUUCUCAUUUGCACAUGCUGCUCGGGCUAGGACCACCCACUGCCCCAAGCCAGGGUGGGUGCAGGAUCCCUGAAAUCGGGGCUCUGUGUGGGGCGGGAGGGGAUGGCUGUGUUUUUGUGCACCUGCCUACAUGGGUGUCCCGAGGGGAAGCUGAGCAGCACUUCAUUUCUCCAAGUGGUCUGUGCAAAUUAGAGACUAAGUAUCAGUUGUUCUUGAGCCUGAAAACAUUUGUAUGUGUGUUUAGCUUGACAAAAAUUGUUCUGAGUUCACUAAUACAACAGGGAGAUCUCAGGUGGAGCCAGUGACUUUCAGCAAGUGAGCUGGCUACUGUAACUAGAUCAGCCUGGCAUCUGUGUCAUGAAGUGAUGGCGAACUCAGAGCUCAGAGGUGAUCUCCAGCAUGUCUCUGAUAUACUAACUUCAUUUGUGCUGCAUAGAAAACUCUCUUUCUUUCUUAAUAGCAGCUUGUUUGACAGUCCUGAAUUAAGUGUUGACCAAUUAUCAAAGUAACUGUUUGUGAAGUUGCCAGUGAUAUAUUUUCUGUAAAAGAAUGGAUUCCUAGAGUGUCAAAACAUUAAUUUCCCAUUUCAGUUCAUCUACGAGUUGUGUAACUACCAGAUUGUCAUGGUAGCAGUAUUAAUAUACAUAUCUGUAUAUAGACAAAAAAAAUACUCAGUAAUGAUCAUUGGAAUCAAAAGGUUUAAUAUUUUUUCCCAGUCAAAUACACUAAUGCUUCUAAGGUGACAGAAGAGUGUACAGUUGUUAAACAAGUUGUAAAUAAACGCUUAUAUAAAAU